CUUUCCAUGCUCCAUAGUGGAAAAUGUGCUCCAUGGCGAACCUGCGCAGCGGCUUCGUCGCGCCGCUCAACCGUUAACAUGCGCGAAAGCGGAGCCCAUUUUGCGGUUCGGCCGUUGCGGGCGUUGUGGUCUUUGGUUAGGUACUCCUGGUGGUCUGAAAUUGCUCAACGACAUCUCGUUUCCAGUGCUUGGUACGAAUUCGUCCGCAUCUAGGUGCUUCGUCAUGAGUUCUAGUUUUCGAAGCAACUUUGUUAGUUGGAGAACUAGCAAUUCCUUGAGCAAUCCCUAUACGCACACCUACGGAAACGGUUACGAAGCAGGGGGUUAUAACCCAGAGUAUCCAUCAGUUCACAAUAACAUAGGAGGGUCGAGUCUUUACCAGCAACAGACUCGUCGAGUUGCUUGCCAAUUGAAUCGCCCAGCUCACAAUCGUACUAUUCGAAGCACUCCACGUGCUAAAAAGAUCAAAAUUGUGAAAAUUUCGAAGAGUACAGCGAAAGCAAAACCGUCCGGUAGUGUGCAGAGGAGUACUGCUGAGUCGUCGUCUUCAAGUUCACGGCUGUGCAAAGCAGAAGAGACACCACACAGUAGUGACGAUCAGAAGCCAGGAGGUAUUCGUGCAGCAUCACCUAUCCAGCCUGAUAUAUCUGUGCUAAAAAUCAUAUCGCCUAAGAGAAACAGCAAACAGCCGCGUAAAAUUCAAGCCUUGAAUAGUGAAGCGGGUCCAAGGCGAGGAACACCUGGAUCAAGCUCUGGUGUGAGGAAAAACAUGAGCUACGUGCCGUUCGGAGCUGGAAUGCCUCGAGGCGGAUUCGGAAUGAUGCGAGGAGGCCGUGGUGGACGUGGUGGUCGUAGAUACAUCUCUAAGCCCAACAAUAACCCUAUGGACAUUCCUUUUGUUCCACUUCCGGAAGAUGCACCGGCGAUCUCUCUAACUAUUGAUCCGGACAACUUCAUCUGUUUCCACGGGUUUUCCAGCGUUUUCACAACCCAACACACUUUCCCUGUGCUAAUUGAUGGUAAAAUCUACGAAAGUGGCGAUCAUUACUACCAAAUUCAAAAAGUUCACGAUCUAUGUGGGACCGUCAGUGAAAAGUUAACUGAAACGGUAAGAGACGAAAACGGACGUCGCCUCGAUGGGAAAGUCGGUUUCAGUGAGCACAGAGAUAAGAGCUUCAGCCAGGUUGCUAAAGAAGUGAUCCGACUCAAUAAUGUGGAUAGGAAAAAAGUCGACGAGUGGCGGUAUACAAAAGGGCUGGAUGCUAUGCAAAAGGCUCUUAUGGCAAAGGUCUCUCAAUCGGUGGUACUCCGUCAAGCGCUGUCGGAAAGUGGAAAGAAAAUUUUGGUGCACGCUUUCCCUGGGGACAGCAUCUACGGUGCAGGAUGCAGGCAAGCUCAAGUAAAGAAAUGGUGCGAGAGUAUGAAAGCAAAUGGAGCAACCACCAUUCGAAUACCAGCUACAUUCCCUCUGACGGCUGAGACGGUUUUCAAUUGCCCAAAUUUUGCCCAAGGUCGCAACGUUCUGGGAGUUAUUCUUAUGCAGUUAAGGGAAAUGUUGCGUGAGAAUAAAGUGCCGAUCGUUGACUUGAGCUCUGUCUUCGAUUCCCUACGCAUCGGAACUAAUAAUGUUUGCGACGCAAGCAUGGACGAUCAGGAUUGCGGGGACGGUUUCGCUAUCGGCGGUGGCAGUAUUCAAGCGAAGAUUGGUGGUGGUACUAAAGCGUGA